CGCAUAUAAAAAAUAUUUUUGUCCUAUUAAACAUAACUUCACUCAGGGAACUGGAGUAGACGAAAGUGAAAUAAUCAUCUGGACCUUGAGAUGGGAAAAGUCGUGGUAAAACCAGCUAACGCAGGAUCAAGCAUUGGUGUCAAGGUUGCUUUUGGUGUAAAAGAUUCAUUUACGAAGGCUAUUAAACUUAUUCAAGAGGGAAUUGAUGAUAGGGUUGUUGUUGAGGUGUUUAUUGAAAACGCUUAUGAGUUUACUGCCAUAGUCCUGGAUGUGGGUUCUUCUGAUUGUUUUCUGAGGUGAAUCUUAUGAGGUCAGGUGGAACUUAAGUUCCAUGGCAGUGGUGAUACGAAAGAAAACGCGAUCUUCGACUACCGGAGAAAGUAUCUGCCGACACAACAGAUGAACUCAGAACUAAGGUUGUCCAGUAGGUAUGUCUUGGUAUCACAUGCUUCCUAAGGUGGUUCUACGAGGGGAAUUAGAGGAUGAGAAUGUUGAACGGCUCGUAAAAGCCUGUCCAUAGAAUGUUUUUGACAUUGAAAACAUGGGCAAUGGUAGGAAAAGGGCUACAGUAGCACAGUCCCAUAAUUGCACGAUGUGUAAGGAAUGCAUAAGAGACCAUGAUUUGGUAGAUCUGGUGGAUCUGCGCACUGUCAAGGACCAUUUUAUAUGUAAGUAGAGAGAAGAAGAAAAAACAUUCUUUUUACUCGGCAAGAUCUCUAUUAUUUGUUAGAAUGGCUAAUAGAGUUUGUUGUUUUAUUUAUGUUUUUCUCGGUUAAAAUUGAGUUCACUGGAUCACUGCCUCGGGAUGUUCUUUUUACUGAAGCUGUGAAGAUACUGGAAGAUAAAUGUGAACGUGCAAUCGCUGAUCUCUCCUCAAGAGAAUUUAUUAGGUUUAGCUCUACUGGCAUGGUUCGGUUUAGUUCAAUUUUGUGUUUUGUAUCAACGUUUAUCCUUAUUAAUACGAAGAACGUUGAAUUUAAAUUAUACUUUGUAGUUUUGGUUCAAUUUGAAUUUCAAUUAUCUUUGUAGUUUGGGC